GGGCGUGGCACGUCUUCGCAGCUGCUCACGUAGUUGAAGUCCCUGACAGCGGGGACGCGUUGGGGAUUAAACAUCUCCAGGAAACACGCGGUCGUUACGGCGCGUGGAUGGGGGGAAACGGCUCGAGUCACCUGUCUCGCGAGGACGGGGGAGGCGGGGGCGUCACUUUUGUGAAGGGCAUUCGGCUGUCGGAUAAAGUGAUCCACCGGAUGAAGGAGUCUCCAAGCGUCGCUCCGAAGGUCUCACAGAAGAGACGUUCACCUGAAACCCAAACGCCUGCUCCCGCGCCCCCCCCCUCCGCUGAUCACCCGAUACCCCCUCUGGUGCCUCCACCUCCUGUGAAACUCGUCCCUCCUCCUCCGGUAAAGUUUCACUCCCUGCCCCCAACUUCUGUGGAGCUAAAGACUCCCCCUCUAAUUCAGCCUGUUGUCCCGGAUGCUGCUGCACCACCUGCUCCUCCACAAGAAGCCCCACCCACACCUCCAUCAGUGGAACCUCCUCCUCCUCUAAAGUGUCACUCCCUCCCUCCUAUGGGGGAGCAUGAAGACCUGCCAAAAACUCCACCUCUCACCAUCCCUGUUGUAGCUGCCCCUCCUCCACCUCCAUCUACACCUUCUCCACAAGUAGAAGCACCUGUGGAGCUUGAGUUGCCUCCUCCACCACCACCAGCAGCACGGGAGCCAGUACUCCCAGAUCCUGCUGAAUCCUCACCUAUUGUAGAGCAACCGCCAUCUCCUUCGCCCAUAAGAGAACAUGUCUUCCAGCCUGUUCUUGUACCUCCACCUGUGGAAUCGGCCGUGGCUCCACCUGAGCCUUUAGCUUCACUGCUGCCCUCUGAAACAUGUCCAACUACUAUUGAACCGGCUGCUGUAACUCCCUCUGUUGAAUCUCUUGCAAUCCCUGUGGAAACGGUUCAACCUCCACCCUGCGUUCAAUUUACACCCGUUGAACCGACAACACCACCCUGUCUCGUUGAUUCCGCUCCAGUUGAGCCUCUAGUUAUACCGCCGCUAGUGGAGACGACGCUUGUGGAACCUUCCGUCCCACCUGCUGCAGUUGAAGAAGAAGGGCCUUCUCUCCUGGUUGUUGAGUCAAAGCUUCCAUGUGAAAUGGUUCCUCCUCCUCCUGAGCCGGUGGCAGCACCGUCUCCUCCUCCUCCUCCUCCUGAGCCGGUGGCAGCACCGUCUCCUGCUCCUGAGCCGGUGGCAGCACCGUCUCCUCCUCCUGAGCCGGUGGCAGCACCGUCUCCUCCUCCUCCUCCUGAGCCGGUGGCAGCACCGUCUCCUCUUCCUGAGCCGGUGGCAGCACCGUCUCCUCCUCCUCCUCCUCCUGAGCCGGUGGCAGCACAGUCUCCUGUGCCUCCGGGGCCUAUGGCAGCCCCUCCACCUCCUCUAGAGCUCAUUUUUGAAGAGCCCCCACCCCCCUGUCACUGUGUGGAGCUGGCCAUCUUAUCCACCGAUGCACCGGUCAGUGAACGCCUCGUAGAGGCUCUGGCCCCGCCUCCAUCCUCCCCAGUUACUCCUGCCGUGGAGCCCCCCGUAACCCCGUCCUUGCCCCCGGUUGGUGAGGAUGAAGUUCCAGCUUCUGCCUCAGGAGCUCCACCUGCAGCAGACGCGUUCUGCACACGUGUUCCUCCUGAAGUGGUGGAGGAAGAGUUGAGGCAGAAGAUCAAAGAGGAGAUGCAGAUGAGUCUGGAGGAGGAGAUCCACCAGAAGAGGCAGGAGCUGCAGCGACAGCUGGAGGAGAUGAGGACUCGGGCGCGAGCGGAGGCCCGAGCAGCCGCUCAGGCUCAGGUGGAGGAGCAGGUGAGGAAGACGCUGGGGGCGCAGAAGGCGGCGCACGCCGAGAACCUGAAGGACUCCAUCAUGAGGGAGCGCAUGAAGACGGAAGACGAGCGGCUGAUGGUGCAGCUUUAUCGGAUGGAGCUGAAGGCGCAUCAGCUGGAGGAGAGGGAGAAAGAGUUAAUGAAACGAGACGCUCUCUACAAGGAACACGUCGCCAAGCUCGAGGCGAAGUGCACUGAGUUUUACAAGGUGACCGCUGAGAGCUUCAAAAAGGGCAAAGAGGAGACUCACAGCCGCUUUGCGCGCUUCGACGUGCAGCCGCUGUGCGGUGACUUGCAGAGUCAGAUUUUGAAAUGCUACAAGGACAACGCGGGGAAGACCCUGUCGUGCUCGAGCAUCGCCUCGGCCUACAUGCAGUGUGUGGACAACGCCAAGAAGAAUAAAUUGAGCCCCGGAGGGUAAUAAUGUCGACCACUUCAACAUCUGGAAGCCUCACUGCUGCAGCAAAGAAAGGUGGACCGACAGAAUUCAACAAAUAGGUCCUGCUUUUACACACUCCUGGGGAAAAGGGCCACAUCGGCACCCUAGUAACCGGUUCUGGUCGUGGUAAUGUUAUAUUUUCAACCUCUCUUAGUCUCGGGAUUCAUCUUAAGAACCAGAUAUGCAACAAAAAAAUCUAUACAUACAUACAUACAUUAAAUGAAAUCAAUAUGUUUGUGUGCCUUGAAGUUCUGAAAGCUAAUAAUCAGAUUUCAGAGGUGAAGUGACGAAGACCUGCACGAGGUUAUUGGUUUUGUAAAUAAGGUUUUUCAAUUGUUUGUUUUUCUGGUGCAUGCAAUGCAAAUUAAAUCAAUCUAAAUAAACUUUGUUGUAGAAUUCCA